GGCGCAAGAAUGCAGCAAGAAAUUGUUAACCAAAUAAAAAACAACCAAAUUGUGCUGUGAUUAUAUAAAGUGCAACCAGAACAAACAAAGGGAGCGAAAAGAAAUUACACAACAACAAUUGUGCAUACUUGUUGAAUAUUCGCAACAGAUUUAGUUUGCGUGGAGUUUUAUAUUGAUUUCAAAUGAGUUUCAUACAUCCCGAUGCCAGCCUAAUGGGAACCAAUGGCAACAACAAACAAUUCACAGAGUUUGAACCCCAACCUCAGACUCGUGCCAGCAGCCCGACACGCGAUAAAGUCGAGAUCAAGAUCGUGAUGCUCAAAGUGCAGGCUGAAUCACCAUUACUCCCCCUAAAGGAAAACGAGCCGACCUCCACGGCCACGCCCACCAGAGCCCAAACAAACGCACCUGCACAGGCAACAAAUCCGCACAUAUCAACAAACGCUCCACGUGGCCAGUAUACCGCACACACGCCCACCGAGUGCCGACGUCGCAGCUCGCUGACCAACUCUCUGGCCUCGCCCACACCGUCGCCUACACCCACGCUUAACGUGCAGGAGGGGGAGCCCAACAACAACGAGGAGGAGUUCUAUACGCCGCUGGACAGUCUGACGCCCGCCCAUAAGCACACGCACGACUACAAGCUCUAUCCGCACGACACUUUCGCACGUCUCGAGGGGAAGCCACCGACGCCCAAUAUCAAAAUGCAAAGUAAAGUGGAUGCAGUGGGUCGGAUUACCGGCCAGUGGGGUAAAUGGCAGCUGCGCACCGUACUUUUAAUAUUUCUGUGCAAAAUACCCUCCUCCUGGUUCAUGGCGUGCAUCAUUUUCACGGCACCCGCGCCCCGGCAUGGCGAAUUCUUUUGCAAGCCGCCGGCAGAGAUUGGCACCCAAAAUCAGACACAAUGGAUCAAGGUGUCGCAUCCGCAAAAGGAGGAGAAGGAGGAUCAAGAGUUUAGCAUCGAUUUCUGCAAUGUGUACGAGGAUGCGCAGGAGCAUGCGCAUCACUACUACAAAUACGAGGACAGUGCACAGGAGCCGCGCGUCUGGGAGAAGCCGCUCAAUCGCAAUUCGAAUGUGAUACCUUGCACGGAGUUCCAACAUGAGAGCGACUACCAUUCGGUGGUCACGCAAUACGAUCUGGUCUGCUCGCGCGAUAUACUUGUCUCGGUGACGCAGUUCUUCCAUCUGUUUGGCGUUCUCACCGGCGGCAUUUUGGCCAAUCACUUAUUAAAAUACUUUAGUCCACGCAGCGUUAUGCUCUUUGGCAUGAUCACGCAAAUCUUCUGUGGCAAUCUGACUGGCCAUGUGGCUUCCUAUGAACUUCAUGUUUUCUUUAGAUGCCUCUCCGCUGUCUGCUGCGCUCAGAUGUACACCGCCGGCGGCAUGAUAAUGGCCGACAUUACUGGCGGCAAAUAUCGCACGUGCGUCUCGACGCUCUUCGAGCAAUUCUGGUCGAUUGGCGUUAUGAUGUUGCCAGGCGUUGCCAGCUUUUGGUCCAGCUGGUCUCACCUCUAUAUGGCCAUCUCCUGGCCGACAGUCAUACUCAUCUACCUGUGGCAAUGGAUACCCGACUCGCCGCGCUGGAUGAUUGAGCGCGGCCGUGUGCAGGAUGCCAAAAAGAUAUUGCUCCAGUGUGCCGAAAUGAACGGAACACGCCUCAGUCUGCCGCAUGACAUUGACCAGCAGCUGGAGCUACAGGCACAAACGGCCAUGGAUGCACCUCCACCGGCCGGCUGGUGGUCUAUCUGGAAGGGUGAGAAAGCGGUGCGGCACAUGAUCUGUGUGCAUCUGGCCUGGUCGCUGUACAUAAGCGUCUACUACGGCUGCCUGCUGAACAUACGGUCCUUCAGUCGGGAGCAUCUGUACAUUAACACCUUUGUGGCCGGUUUCAGUGAGAUGAUUGGCACAUUCAUUGGACUCUAUUUGAUAAUGAACACCACACGCAAAUGGCUCUGGGCGGGCAUAUUCAAUAUUGUGGCCGGCUGUUUUGCCUGGUGCUGCUGGCUGGUGCCCAAGCCAGGCGUGGUGUCGCUGGAUGCGAACGUAGCGAUGCUCAUGUGCACGGCUAUGGUAUCCAAAAUGGCCAUUUCUACUUCGCUCUCCAUACUUACCACAAGCACCGUGGAGUUGGUUAGCCAGGAGAAACGUAAGAUCACCUCCUUUUCAACGAUUUGCUGGGCUCGGUUCUGGCUGCUGGGUGCACCGUUCAUUGGCUCUACCGUUGUCAUUGGCCAGCUGAUACCGCAGACCUCCUACACCGCGCUGGCCGUCAUUGGCGGCAUCUGCAUGUCCCUGAUCAGCAGUCCACGCACACAUCCCAUCUCCAGGCCCUCCUCACCGGUUUCGCAUGGCGCUCAGAACAUGGCAACACAAUUUACGGUCAUCGAUGGACUGGACAACAAAGGCUAUGUGCCCAGUUCCAACUCCAAUACCAUCUACGCUACGAAUACUUUUAGGAAAUUUGCCACUCCUCAAUCGAAUCUACCUCCUCAACUAAUGCCCGGCAUUUGGACGACCAAAAUUCACGAGGACGGGUCACCAAUGUAAUAUAACGCACAACUGGACGUGCAGAAAGAGAUGCGAGCGAUCAAAAAGCUGUUAAAAUAAUUGAUUCGGAUUUUGUGUACAAACGGACAGUCCAAAAAUUUGAUAUACUCUAUAAACCAGUCUUUUGUGCUGUAUACACAUAAUUUACUAUCAAGAUUUGUCUAGAAUCGAACUUUUAUAAUGCACAUACCCAAACUUUUUGCUAUUUGUGCGCUAUUCGCCCGAGCACAAUUUACAAACUAACUCAAUUUGAAUGCUCAAAAAAGAAAGUAAAAAAAAUGAUAACCAAUAAUUAUGUUUAAUGUCAAAGAUAAAUUUUUAAUUAGACAAACUUUUAAGCUUAAAGCUAAAUACAAUAUUUUAAUUAAAAGAAAAUACGCUCUUAGGUAAAAACGUACAGAAUGUAUAUCUCUAAGUUUUAGCAUAUAAUUUGCAAAUAAUUUUGAUCAACCAAAUAACGUAACGUAUGCUGUUAGACACCGAAAAGACGACCAUACAUAUAGGGUCUAAUAUAGCUUCAGCAUAGCCAUAUAAUAGACACGUAAGUUAGUAAGUCAAAUGUGGAACAUGCCGAGAGCAGCCCAGUAUUAAACUUGUCCUCGAUGAAACUGUAAAAUAUGUCUCAAAUUCCACAAUUUAGAUAUGUAUGUAUGUAGUGUAUAGCAUUGUUUCCUAUAUAUAAACUUAUAUCAACCAACUGAUGAUAAUAUGUACUUAAAAAGUCCUCUUGAGUACCCUAAAGCUGUUCCACAUUUAAGUGAUUGUGUUGAAAACACCUGGAGAGAAUUACAUGAAAAGACAUAUUUGAUAGUUACACUUAAUUCUUUAUUAAUUAAUUAAAUCAAUAAUAAUUUUAAAGCUAUUAGUACGUACACAUUAAGUUCAAAAUACUUCAUUACCAUUAUGUAUUAUCAAAUGCAGCAUAAAAAAACAAAGUUAGUUUUUAUCUAUUCAAUCACUUAGUCGCGUUUCAAUUAUUUAAGUAAUUUAUGUAUCUAAUUACUCAAAAAA